CACUAUAAUGUCAAAAUACUGUGAUGGCUUGAUUGUUUGUUUUUAAGAAAUUUUUUAUUAGAAAGUGAUAUGAAAGUGUAGAAAAUAAGUAUAAAAUAAUUUCUUAUUAACCGCAAUAUAUUAAUAUAAUAAAUGUAUUCCUUUUUGGUAUUAUUGUGGAAUUAUACCAUAUUAAAGUAGUUAGCCUUGAAGUAGAUGUCAUCUAAAUGAGCCUUGUUUAUUUUACAUUUUAGUGUUAUUAGUCGUAAUUUCACGAUUAUAUGGCUCUGAUGUUUGACUUAUGGUUUGCAAAAAUAUUAAAGAGGCAUGUUUUACCCACGAAUUCGGAAGAAAGGUGCAAGUUUAGUAGUUCUCAGUUGGACUUGCUUGGCAGUGUUGUGUGCCGCGUCCACAGCUCCUUGCGACAAAACCCGUAGAGUUUUCACAGAUCCCAGUGGUAUUAUUACUGAUGGACCCAGCAAUUCAAACUAUACGCAAGACUCACAUUGCGAAUGGCUCAUUAAGGCAUCUAACAAAUCUCAAUAUAUUACGCUGAGCUUUAUCCGCAUGGGAACAGAAUGUUCCUACGAUUAUGUAUUUGUAUAUGAUGGGGAUUCUUUUGAUGCUCCAUUGCUGGGAAGUUUUAGUGGAAAAACGGAACCGCAGAAUGUUACAGCUUCAAGUGGUUAUAUGUUAAUACUCUUGUAUAGUGAUACAAAUUAUGUUUUGGAUGGUUUUCGAGCCACAUAUGCCAUACAUAACUGUCCAAAUAAUUGUACGGGUAGAGGCCUGUGUUUGUCGAACAAAUGUUUUUGUGUUGGAACAUGGGGCGGUCCAGACUGCAGUGUUGAAUUGUGUCCUAAUGGCUGCUCAGGAAAUGGACAAUGUAAAGGAGACAGAUGUUUAUGCAAAAGAGGAUAUUCUGGGGAAUCCUGUUCACUCAAAAGCAAUGACAAAGAUGGCAAUAGCUGGCACUGGCUCUCGCACACUGAAAGUGGUAUGACCAAACGUGCGGCACACACUGCUGUGUAUGUGAACCACACUGACUCUCUAUAUGUGUUUGGAGGAUAUGAUCUGAAUAGAGUAUUAGCAGUUUUGGAAGUAUACAAAUUUUCUACUAGUCAAUGGUAUGAUGAAAACGGAAAAGUUUUGCGUAGAUAUCCUACAAAUGAAGAAAUUGAUAAGUCGUUAUUAACUUUAUUUACCAAGGGAAAUAUAGAUGGCAGCUGGCAAAUAGGAAAUAGAAGUUCUUUGUUCAACUUACUUUUAACAUCUUUUUCCCACCAUGACAAGACGGCUUUACCAAUCAUGUACUCCCAUUCACCCACGCCAUAUUCUGAAAGUUACCUGCAGUUUACGGAUCGUCCAGAAUUCGUGAGCCUUAAAUCAAACAACUAUACUAAGCCUGAACCACGAUAUGGGCACUCGGCAUGUGCCUUUGGCAAUGGUUUCAUUUUAUAUGGAGGAAAGCUCUCUGAUGGCAGCUUGUCUUCGGAAUUAUGGUAUUAUGAUGUUAUCGAAAAUAUAUGGACAUUGAGAGCUGUUAAUUCCUCAUUCACACCACCUGGUCUGACUCGACAUACUUUAACUACAGUGAAGGAUGAAUUGUAUCUGUUCGGCGGAAGUACUGUUGAUGGCGAAUUUUCCUCUAGUUUAUAUAAAAUAAAAAUGGGAGAGCCGAGUACGGAGUCAUGGGAAAGAGUUCAAGUACGCGGUGGGAAAGAAUUGGACGUACGAGUUGUUGCACAUACUGCUGUGUACCAUGAACCUUCCAAUUCUAUUUUAGUUUAUGGCGGAGUUGUCGCUAGUGUUGCUAGGUUUUCUAAGCUCUCGGACAGAAUGUUUACUUUCGAUUUAGACCAUAAACAUUGGAGUGAAAUUCACUACCCACGUGCUCAUUUGCGGGACACAUACGUGCCCCGUGAAAGGGCUUUCCAUACAGCAACUAUAAUAGGGAAUUAUUUGGUCGUUUUUGGAGGAUAUUCGCAUCGUCACAACAGAGAGGAAAUUUGUUAUGAUGGACAGAUGUAUUUAUACCAUCUUGGAUGCCAUGCUUGGAUUCCGCUAGACGUUUUGGGCAAAACUCGAAAGUAUUAUCCAAAGAAACAAGGCGUUUUCGCGCACGCAGCUGCAUUGAAACCACCCGCUACAUUACUCAUAGUUGGUGGAUACCACGGCAAUGUCAACGGCGAUCUCCUUGCUUAUGUGGUACCCAGUUGGCACGCAGGCAUUACUAACAAGGAUCCAGAGUCGGCUUGUCCUCGACAUAAAACUCAGCCUGAAUGCCUUGCUGAUCCAGAAUGUGGUUGGUGCUCAGCUGAUGAUAUUUGCUACGGAAGGACCAUAGGUUCUAACUGUACAACAAACUUACAAUCGAUUCGUUGUGGUGGAAUAUGUCCAGCUCUUGGAGAUUGUCAAUCCUGUCUAAUCCAUGGGCCACCUUUGGAUAAAAAUAGUUCACGCUCUCCUCUCUUAUCAGUCAGCACUAAAUUAGGCUUAUAUCAAUGCAGCUGGUGUGUACAAAAUGCACGCUGUCAUCAUAAAGAUGAUAAUUACGGUGUGUGCGGGGAAGAUACUCCUUCCGAAAAUCCAGGUUGGUGGGGAACAACGGGUACCGAAGUCACUACUCCAGAUGAAUGCAAAAUUUUAGAUAAACGACCAGGCUUAACCUUUCUUAGAUAUCAGCAACCGGCUGAUUGGAAUCAUCCUGAUGCCGUAACAGUAGUAAACGCAACCACAGUAGAUUGGGGAGCCGGAGGCGGCAGUAAUAACAUUAUAGCUGGAGCAAGCGAAACUCGACUUAAAGGAUGGUUACAUAUACCUCAGUAUUGGAAUGGAACUGGUGAAACACUCCAAGUCUGCGCGGGCCAUGCGAACUUGACGGUCACUCUUGGUGACAAACUCGAUCUUGUUGCAAAUAUUACUGGAUAUCCAUCUAUAUGUGCUCCCGUCGAUUGGCCUAUAUUAAGUCCUGGUCGGCUUUCAGUUGACAUGCAUGCUAACGAUUCACUUCAUACAGGUCUUUAUCCAUCUCAUUAUCAUGCCAAAAUGGAAUUACUUCACAAUAAGUCGCAAGAAAGCGCUAAGGUUUUCACAUUUGAGUUUUUGGAACCAUUCUCUGAUGGGAAAUGCUCAAACUACGAUAACUGCUUGUUAUGUCUAUCUGACGCCGCGUGCGGUUGGUGUGAGUUGACGAAUCGAUGUGAACCUAGAAACGUAGAUGAACAGGUCACUUGUACAUCUGAUAACGAAUGGCGAUACUUGACGUUGCAGCCAGCGGCAUGUCCGAAUUGCUCAAAUUAUAUAAGUUGCGAGCGUUGCGUAUCGGGGAAUUACUGUGAAUGGUGGGCAGACGAGGCGCGUUGUGCGCGGCGAGGAAGGGCCAGUGGAGCCAUCGUGGACGCGUCCGAGUGUCCGGCGCCGUGCCGCAUGCGUCUCGACUGCGAACACUGUCUCGAUGAGAGAGGACGCUGCGUUUGGUGUGAAGCCACUCGACAGUGCUUCAGUUUCAGCGUAUACACUAGCGAGUACCAGUUUGGCCUAUGCCGCGAAUGGCUCGAUCGGGCAUCAUCUCCGACCGACGAUGCUAAUAAGAAGACUAGCCAGUGCAAAUCUUGUCAAGCACAUGUACAAUGCGCAACAUGUUUGAGGAGCAUGGGAUGUGGCUGGUGUCAUUCUUAUGAAAAUCCUAUAAAUGGUGUUUGUACAGAAGGUGACUUUACUCGAUCUCAUAUAGACUGUGCUUCACUGCUGAAUGUUACUUCUACUGAUGCAGGAUGGGCCUAUGCACAAUGUCCGGACGUUGACGAAUGUGGACUCGGGCUUCAUGAUUGCCAUGAGCAUGCGGUGUGUAACAAUACGCACGGAUCGUAUACUUGUAAAUGUAAACAGGGUUAUAUAGGGGAUGGACGUAAGAGUUGUAUGCGAACGUGUUACAACAACUGUAUUCAUGGAUAUUGUCUCGGAGCCCCGCAGUACAAAUGCAAAUGUGAUUUAGGAUGGACAGGUGCAGACUGUUCUAUUAAUUGUGGAUGCCAUAAUCAUUCCUUUUGUAAGACAGGAGUUGGGCGAUGUGAUGAAUGCCAAGAUUGGACCGAGGGUGAGUUUUGUGAAUCAUGUAAGCCCGGUAGUCAUGGUAAUGCAACGACGGGUCAGGGAUGUCGCCGAUGUGAUUGCAAUGAUCACGGAGAUGAGUCACGUGGUAUCUGCGAUGUUACAACUGGUGAGUGCAUAUGUAAAGAUAAUACCGAAGGACAAAAUUGCGAACGAUGUAAACCCAAGUUUUAUGGAGAUCCUAGACAUGGAGGUAGGUGUUACUACCAAUGUGAACCGAGGGGCAUGCUCAAAGCUAACGAAACCGAGGGAAUUGGAUCGCAUAAAACUGACCCGGACAUUACAACUAUAGGCCCAACGAAAGAGUGUUUGUGGAUUAUAUCGGCGGAAGAAAUAAGAGAUGCAAUUAUUCAAUUUACCGUAAAUUCUUCUACAUUAAAUGUGCCAUGUGAUCAGAAUGCUGUAUACGUUUAUGAUGGUUUAGGUGGAGUACCUGAUUUAAGUAAUAAUCAACAAAGCCAAUUAUUGGGAGUUUUUUGUAACGGAGCAUCGUCUGGAGUAGUAGAAGCUCGUAGUGGAAACUUGACUGUUCAUUACAAACAGAGUCAGCCCGAUCAAGGAUUCGAAGGUGUAUAUCAAGUGUUAGCAUGUGAAGGUCACUGUACUUGGCCACGUGUAUGCUAUAAGAGGCACUGCAUAUGUCGAGAGGGUUUUGGCGGAUUUGAUUGUAAUAUAGAAAUAUGUCGAAAUAACUGCAGUAGACAUCUUAAUGGCGGAGUGUGCGAUAUGAACUACGGGCGUUGCCUUUGUAAUGAAGGUUAUGGAGGUGACGAUUGUUCAUUAAAACUAGACAAAAGCCAGUUAGUAUUUACAGAACUAUUUGAUUCAGAUUUUCUAUCGGAUGGAUUAGAUCAUCUUCGAAAAACUUUACCUCGUUUUGGCCAUAGUUUAGUAGCUGAUAGACGUGGGCUGUGGAUGUUUGGAGGAUAUUCUUUGUCGCACGGACCUUUGAACGAUAUACGAUUUUAUGAUACCAAAAACAACACUUGGAUGCAAGUAACUGUCGAAGCUACACCAGAUGCAAAAAUGCCAGAAGGGAGAUACUUUCAUGCUGCUGAAAUUUACCAUUCGAAACAAAAUAUAUACAUAUAUGGUGGAUUGAGUUUACAAGAAAAAACAGGCCAAAAUAAAACCUUACGUGACUUUUGGCAAUUUAGUUUAAAAGAUCAAAGAUGGAGUAACAUAAAAAAUAAAGAAGAGCAGCCACCGCCGCUUGCCGGACAUACAUUAACAUUACAAAAAUACCAGGAUUACGAAAGUUUAGUACUUGUGGGUGGGUUUUCGUUGGAGGAAGGUUUCAUGUCUGACAUGUGGGAAUUUGAUUUGGAUAAUAAAAAAUGGAUUAAAAUAAACUGUGCGGGUUCUAAGCCGGAAGGUAUAAUCGGACACAGUACUGUCUAUCAUGCACCUUCCCAAAGUCUCUAUAUAUUUGGAGGAAUUUUGUAUAGUUACAAUGGCACAAUGAUUUCUAACAAACUGUUUUCAUUCCAUUAUCCUACUAAAAAGUGGAGCGAAUUACCAACAUUUCCAGGCCUUAACGUAUUUGAAAACUUACCUCGACCUACUUUUUUACAUUCCGCUGUUACGACCAAUGACUACAUGAUUGUAUUUGGAGGACGAACUAUACCGGAUAAACGAUCUAAUUCACUUAUUGCAUAUGUCUAUAGUUGUAACCAAUGGGUUAAACUUUCGAAAGGUCCAUCAGUAUUAGAUCAUCCACCUCCACGCACUAUAGCUCAUGCGAUGGCAAUCGAUUUGGAAUCUGAAAAUGAUUGGAACGUUUACAUAGUUGGUGGUUGGACGGGCAGCGCAAAUUGCCAAGUUACAAGAAUAACAUUACCUGAAGACUUGUGUUCGUUAUGGAGCUCGAGCAAAAUAGAGUGUCGAAGCCAUAUGGGAUGCAGUUUUUGUAGUACUGGAGAGUAUACAAAAUGUUAUUCCGUGGAUAAGCCGGGAUGUGAAGGCAGCGAUAGAGUGUCGACUAAUGCUGGCGCAGCGUGUGAUUACGAUUUAGUAGCAAGAAGACCAUGUGAAAACUUUACGACUUGCACAUCUUGUCUUGCUGCUUGGCCAAUGUAUCCUGAGGAAAAACCUGCUUGCAGAUGGUGUGAAACUUGCGCUGCGGGAGUUGGGGAAUGUGUACCUACCGAUGAAUCAUGUACAAGUAUGAAAUGCAACGCUGGAACAACGUACAUAAGCGACGUUGAUCAAUGUCCUGAAUUAAGAUGUGUGGCUUCAGAUUGCGAAAAAUGUGUUUCCAGUCAAUGUUCUUGGACGAGGCUAGCUAAUAGAGAUGGUCAAUUAACGCGUAUAACGUCAGAUUCUACAGAACUUUAUAACUGGACUUGCAUACUAACGGAGGAACAAGGUCGCACAAGUAUUCGCUCCUUAUCAACAAAAUUAGGGCAUUCAUAUUUUGGUUCUAAUAGAGAUGAGUGUCCUAGCCGAUGUCAUCUUUAUGAAGAUUGCCAAUCAUGUUUGAGUUCCGAUGGUGCUGAGGGAGGAUUUUCUGAAUGUCACUGGGCUAGCUAUCUUGGCACGUGUAUCUCACCGGCCUAUCAACCCUUGUAUUGCGCGGGAGGCGUUUGCGGAUUAGUUUUAACGAAGGCUGAUAAAAAUAAAUGUCCAGCGCCGUGUGGAACUUUCGAUCAAUGUUCAGAAUGUUUACAUCACUCUCACUGUGGUUGGUGUGCUGUCGAGGGUGAGAACGGUGAAGGAGUUUGUACUGAAGGGUCUAUAGAUUCACCCUUAGACUAUUCAACGCGCACUACAUGUGCUGCAGUCUAUUCGAAUGUCCGCGAAACGAAUGGUACAAAUGAAACAUUCUCAUGGCAUUACACUCGAUGUCCACCAGAAAAUGAGUGUGAGAAUAAUCAUCAUCAAUGUAAAGCAGAUUCAGAGGUGUGUCGUGACUUACCAACCGGUUACGAGUGUCUUUGCGGCGAGGGCCACAAGCGCGUAGGCGGCGUGUGUGCGGCGGUGUGCUCGCAGGGCUGUGUGCGCGGGGCCUGCGUGCAGCCCAACGUGUGUCGGUGUGACUUCGGCUAUGUGGGCGCCAACUGCACCAUACAGUGCCAGUGCAAUGGACACUCGCAUUGUGAGGGACCGGAUAAGCUGGAUAAGUGUAUCGAGUGUCAUAAUAAUACGAUUGGUAGUCAAUGUGAGAAAUGUAAACCAAAUUUCGUCGGCGAUCCAACUGACAACGGACAGUGUAUCCCAUGUUCUGUGUAUUGUCACGGGCACACGUCCACGUGCACGAACGAUGACGUAUCGCUGACGUCACGUGACGUGAGCGGGUCGGAUCUAGAGGACUACUAUAGAGAUGGGGCGUCUUCAAAGGCCCGCUGCGUGAGAUGCGCAAACAAUACUGAUGGGCCUCGGUGUGAACGGUGCAUAGAAGGAUACUUUAGAGGUUCAGAAGAUUUUAGAGAUGAUUGUCGACCAUGUGAAUGUCACGGCCACGGCGAUACGUGCGACCCGGUAACAGGAGAGAAAUGUAAUUGUGGCAACAACACAGAGAGUGAUGUCUCGUGCCAAACCACUUCCUCUAGCAAGAACUCUGCUCAGGAAUGCUGGCGUUAUCAAUGUGUCAAGUGCAAGGAUCUUUAUAUGGGCGACCCCAGGAAUGGCCACCAGUGUUAUAAGACAAUCAAUAUUGAGAACAAGAUCUGCUUUGAUGGCAAGUCAAUCGAUGAAUGCAAAAUCAAACCGCGCCCCCUAUACCCGGGACAAACAGUGUUUGUUGCAGUUAAUCCCCGAUACAUGAACGUAGAUAUACGUGUAAUUGUGGAUGUAACGCAAGGGGCCGUUGAUUUGUACAUGAGUCCCAAUGAUAGCUCCUUUGUAGUAUCUGUUAACUCUUCAACUGGUGCACACGCCGUUGAGUUGGACUCCAGUUACUAUAAACACGAUCUAUUCCGCAAGAUGCCGUCUUUCGAUGAUCACGUUCCCAAAAAGUCUAAAGUAUCGUGGUAUUACGAUAAGAUAGAGUAUGCCCUCGCAGAUUACACUGCUAAAGAUUUAGCGACGUACGUGACAGUAGACAAGAGAAAUGUACUAUUGCGUGUCAGGAAUCUCCGCAAUCGCCUCGUACUGACUUUGCCGCAGAACAUCCACGACUUGACCCACACUAAAUUCUAUAUCAUAGUCCGAGCGAGAAACACCGAAGAGGGCGCAGCGAGCUUUGGAAUUGUAUUCUUUAGACAAGAUCAAUUGCACAUUGAUUUGUUCGUGUUCUUCUCAGUUUUCUUCUCGUGUUUCUUUUUGUUUCUGGCGGCCUGCGUAGUGGCGUGGAAAGCGAAACAAGCAGCAGACGUUCGGAGAGCGAGAAGGCGGCACGUAGUGGAGAUGCUGCACAUGGCCAAGCGUCCGUUCGCGGGCGUGGUGGUGCUGGUGGCGGGCGGCGGGCGGCGCCGCGCCGACGUGCAGCCCGUCGCCAUCGAGCCCACCGCCGACGGACGCGCUGCCGUCACCUCCGUGCUCGUCAGAUUGCCAGGCGGGUCCCGCGCGCCAGUACGCAUGGCGCUCGCGUCGGCGCUGGUGCUGGUGACGCGCGCGCCCGCACUGCGCCCGCGCCCGCGACGCCCGCUCUCCUAACAACACCAAACGCCAUACACACAUUGUUACCAAAACGAUCGCCAUAUCUUAUCAUAAAGCACACCAACAAAUUAUUGCAGCUACAUUUUAAAUUUUUUGAUUCAGUGUAUUAUUUAUAGAAAAAAAUGUUAUAUUUAGUAAAACGUGUGCUAUAAAUUCGAAACAGCAUUCGUUAAAUGCAGCUACGCUAAACGACUUUAUAAUAAUUAUUUACGUCGUAUUUUUUGUAUAUUUGGAACAAAUGAAAAAUUUUAUUGAUUUUUAUUAGCGAAUUAUUUGAGAUCUUUUAUAUAUUAUGUAUAUGACUGGAAUUAGAGCUGCUCAUUAUAUAUUAUGGUAAUAUUUAAGUGUAGCGUAAUUGUAGUAGCGGUAUUGUUUAAAUCGUGUUGAUGUAAUCUGUUUUACAAAAUAUAUUAUUAUUAUUAUUAUUGACGAUGGCGUCGAUAGUGGAAAUAUAAAAUUGGAACGUCGAAUUAAUUGAAGAAAAACAAUAUUAUAGUAAAGUACCAUAACAGAUCCAAUACACAGAGCCAAAGGAAUCAAACUGAGCGUGAGUUUACGCGGGUUGUGAAUAGCCAAUAGUAGCGAAUACUGUUGUGUUGUUUAUUUCGAAAUUUUAUUAUGCCAUGUUGGAUAACAUAAAUAUUAUGUUAUGGCUUGUUAUUGCUACACAUAUAUAUUAGUCUUAAUCUGCAUGCCUUAUGUAUACUUCAAAUUUUCAUUGUAGGUAUAAUUUAGCGAUAUUUUUUAUUUAUUUUUAAGUUUGAGAAUCUCUUAUACUUUUUAUGAUUGCCCACUGCAGCUUUGCAGUUUGCACAAUUUAUUGUAGCUAGAAUAAUCUUAUGUUUAGAUUCAAAUUCGUGGUUGCUACAAAUUUUACAUUGGUUUAUUAAAAUCACAACACAUUUUUUUAAAUAUCAGAGUUUAGUUCGUCUAUAUAUAAGAAUCCCGAGUCUUCUGAAUAUUAUGUCAAUAGGUAGAUAAUAGUAAGAGAAAGACAAAAAACUAUUCAUUGAUUGCACAAUUCAAUAAAAAUAAUAAACAUAUGAG